GGUUUCAUCUGUGUUGGUCUCUUCCCUGAUAGCAACCUGGUUAUUUGAUACAAUGUUGUCAGGUCUCUCUUACCUGCAGCCUGUUCUGCUUCACUUGCCAGUGUUUCGUAGAAGUGUCUUUUGUCUUUGCGUGCACUCUUCUUCACUUCUUUGUCCAGUGUUUUAUACAUUGUACUCAGUUCCUCUUGUCGUUGAGCAUCCUUGCACUGGUUUAUCUUCUGCUUCACCAUCCUCCUCUCCCUGCUCUAUCAGCUUCCAGGUAUCCGUCGAGAUCCAUUCCUUAUCUUCUUUCUUCUUCCUUCCUAAUACUGUUGUGCAGGUUUCUUUCCACAUAGCUUUCAAAGACUUCCAGUGUUCUUC